AUGCGGCUACUCCCUCUUGCUCUCUCUCUCCUCUCACUAGACACUGCUCUCGCAUCUGUCCUUGCAAUCGACUAUGGCUCUGACUGGAUUAAGGCCUCUGUCAUGAGUCCUGGCAUCCCAUUCGAUGUUCUACUCAACAAGGACUCGAAGCGCAAGAUGCAGGCCUCCGUAGGAUGGAAACAAACAACACGGUAUUUUGGUACAGAUGCUUUCAACCUUGCCUCCCGUUUCCCCACUGACUCAUUCUCGUCCAUAAAACUCCUCCAGGCCGUCCCAUUCGACAGCCCUGCAGCCUCACAGUACUCUCGAAUAUCGAGCGCCGAGACUGUCAAAACUACCCGCAACACAGUCGCCUUGAGGCAGUCGGACGGCACACAGUGGUCAAUUGAAGAACUAGUCGCCAUGCAGUUCUCCUACAUUAAACAACUUGCAGAGGCAACAACGAGCGAGAAAGUAUCGGACGUUAUCGUCGCCAUUCCUUCUUUCUUUUCCCAAUUCCAACGCGAUGCUGUUGUCGAUGCUAUUGAAAUAGCUGGUCUUCGCACUCUUGCCCUUAUAAACGAUGGAACAGCCGUUGCUGUAAAUUACGCAAUGACCCGCAACUUUCCUACCCCCGAACACCAUGUUAUCUACGAUGCAGGUGCUUCGGGCAUUCGCGCCACCGUCGUUACCUUUUCGACUGGAAAUGGAACCAACCCUGCGACUCAAAUUACUGUGGCUGGUGUUGGGUAUGAUCUUUCGACGGGUGGAACCGAGCUAGAUCGUCGUUUGCGUGAAAUCCUCAUUGAGGCAUUCAACGCCAAGCAUCACAAGGACAUCCGGACCGACAAACGAGGGCUUGCCAAGUUGUGGAAAGAGGCUGGUCGUGUUAAAGCUAUCCUCUCAGCUAACACGGAGGCGUCUUCGACCAUCGAGAGUCUUGCUUGGGAUAUUGAUUUCCGCACCAAGGUCUCCCGUGUGGCCUUCGAGGCAACAUGUGAAGACUUGAAGCCCAAAUUUGCCCAGCCUAUUGAAGAUGCGCUGAGAAACGCAGGCCUUACGUUGGACAAUAUUACUUCGGUCAUCUUAACGGGUGGAAGCACACGUACGCCGAUGAUCCAAACAGCCGUUAAAGCAGCUGUGGGGGAGGACAAGAUCGCCUUGAAUGUAAAUGCGGAUGAGGCGGCUGUAUUAGGGGCUGCUCUCCAUGGCGCGAGCUUGAGCCGGCAAUUUAAGACCAAGAACAUCAAGGUCUCCGACAUCGGUGCCUAUGAUGUUCAAGUCUCAUACCUUGCAACUGCAUCCACUCCCCGUACCAUCAACACCCUCAUUUUCCCCGCCGGAAGCAAGGUUGGAGCCAAGAAGACGCUCACAUUCAAGCGCAAGGAGGAUUUUGUCAUCAACUUCGAUUAUAAGGAACCCGGCCCUGCCAACUUCCCCACCCGGUUCCUCGAAGUUGGCAUAACCGGAGUCGCGGAGGCGAUCGCCAACUUGACCGAGCUUGGCGCGACGGACCCGGUCGUCAAAGCUACGCUGACCUUGUCGGAAUCCGGAUUUGUGUCUGUCUCUAAUGCUGUUGCGUUUGGAGAAAUCAAGGACGAAUCAAUUGCCGGCAAGCUCAAAGGUUUCUUUGGCGGUGGCUCUUCAGAGGAGGCGGAGGAGAAGACGGAAGACAACAGGCCACGAGCAAGCGAGUCCGUCUCAAGUGCAUCGUCAGCAAACGCCUCUGAACCUAGUCCUUCCGAGAAGAAGGUCGUGCCAAAGGACAAUACAAUCAGUCUCAACACUACCGUCGUGUUCCCCACAAUUCCACCCAUGACAGUCGAGGAAAAGAAGACCGCUCGGAGUAGAUUACGAGCUAUCGACCUAGAAGAAGCUGCUGUGGCUCGCAAAGAGGAGGCGCGCAACACCUUCGAGAGCUAUCUUUACCGAAUGCGUGACUUGCUCGACCCCGAGAACCGCGACACACCAUUUAAGCAAUGCUCUCAGGAGUCCGAGCGACAGGCAAUCUCUGACAAGCUCGACGAGUCGUUUGCAUGGUUAUAUGACCGAGGAGAUGUCGCAGAGACUUCACAGUUCCUGGAUAAACGGAAUGCUCUCGAAACACUGGAGCGCCCAAUCAUACACCGUUACAAGGAGAUCGAAGAAUUCCCGCAAGCGCUGAACAACAGCCAAAUGUGGAAUUGGAGCACACGUCUUUUCCUACAAGAGGCUCGGGAAAAUAUGACCGCGGAAGCUGCUGCUGAUCUGCCAUCGAAAUGGACGAAAGAAGAGCUAGAAGGUUUAGAAAAGACGCUGAAAGAGCACGAGACAUGGCUAAACGAGUGGGUGGAGAAGCAAAAGUCGGUCAAGAUGAACGAAGAUCCGGUAAUAGAGACUACGGAGAUGAAGGCACGCGCAAAGGUGUUGGAGACCGCUUUGAUGAAGCUCGUAAAAAGGAAGGUGCCCAAGUCGGUGAAGAAGAAGACGACAACGAGUGCAACUGAAGCACCCACUACAACUGCUACUUCACCCGCGGAUGGGGAGAGUCAAACAUCUGACGAGCCAAAACCAACAACUGAGCCUACAGUUGUCGUGCCAGAGGGAGAGCAGCAAGCACCUAUACCGACCAUCCAUGAUGAGUUGUAA